UAAACGAAAAUUAAGAAUAAUGAUCAUUUCAAUCAAUUUUUAUCUGUUCUACCCCCUGAAUUAAUCAUAAAGAAUUAACAAAAAUCGCAAAAAAGAAAAUUAUCGAAAAUGUCAUCAACAUCGUUAUUACGAUCAUUUCGAUUGCAACAAAUUUCAUUGCCACAAAAUAUUAUUGCCCGAAGAUUGAUCAUAUUUGGUCCACCAUUAAUACUUGGCAGUUUUUAUAUCGGUAAACAGCUUUAUUUGUAUCUGAGAAAACGGCGAAAAAAACAAUCAAAUGUUAACGAUAGUAGAAGAAAUUUCUAUGAUACAUUUGAUCAUUCACAAGUAACAACACCGGGUACAAAUACAAAUUCAAUUUCAUUAAAUCAUUCGGAUAAUACUGAUGGUUGUUUAUUAGCCACUAUAGAUGAUCACCAUUCAUCAUCAAAUCAUCAUAAUCAAAUACGUUCAUCAUUACUUUCAAAUAAAUGUUCAUAUUGUCGUAGUAAUCAAAAAUUAUCAUUCAAAGAUUCGGAUAUAUUUGAAACAUCAUUGAAAAAUCUAUCCACAACACAAUUGAUAAAAAUUAGUUUGGAUAAGUUGAACAAUGUUGCACAAACAUUAGAUGAAAUGAAAAUAAAACAAAAUAUUCUUAAAGAAUAUAAAGUUGAUACAACAAAUAUUGAUAAUAAAAUUAUUAGUUUACAUGAAAAACUUGAUUCAAUGAUAAAUGAAUUAGAAUCAUUACGAAAUGAAUAUAUGCCUAUAACAUAUGGACCAAUUAAUCAAAUUAAUGAUGAAAAUGAUGGCGAUGAUUUUGAUGAUCAAGCAUCAUAUAUAUCAUCGGCAACAACAGCAUCACUUGGUUAUUGGGAUCCCGAACCUAAUCUACAUUUUUUUCAAUUAUAUCAAGAUGCAUUAAAUAUUGUGGAUAAAAUUAAACCACCAAAAACUGAUCGUACAAUAAUAACUGGUAGUGAAAAUUAUAAUGAUUUUCUUGCUAAAGUUCAUUGUUUACGUAAAGCAUUUGAAUCAUUAUUUACUAAUCAAGAUUUACGUUAUCGUUAUGCAAAAAUUGGUGAAGAAAUAUUACGUAUAAUAAUGGAUCAUUCAUUGAGGGUAACCAUUUGCGAUUCAAACGAAUGUAUCAAAGCAUAUUAUACAUUUUUAGAUUUUGUUCAAAAUGAAGAUAAUCUUUCAACAAUUGAAAUGGAAAUUGAACCAAGAAAUAUACCAUUAGUAUCAUUUUAUGAUAUUGUUUUGGAUUAUAUGUUAUUAGAAUCAUUUGAUGAUAUUGAAAAUCCACCAUCAGCUGUAAAAAGUAUAAUUAGUAAUCAAUGGCUAUCGGCAUCGUUUCGUGAAAUUGCAUUACAAACAACAAUAUCAACAGUAAUGCGUCGUAAACGUUCAAAAUUAUUAGUUAAAGAUGGUUUUUUUGAACAUUUUUAUCGUAUACUUGAUCAUUUAUCACCAAUAUUAGCAUGGGGUUUUUUAGGUACUGAUGAUAAUCUAAAAUUUAAAUGUGAAUCAGUUAAAGAUUCAACACAUGCUGUUGUAAGAGAUUAUUUUUCAUUUGAUCGUUGUCGUUAUACAUAUUUAGAUGAUCUUUGUGAUGAUAUAAAACGUGUUACUGAAGAACGUUUUUGGGAAUUAAAUAAUAAGCUUAAAAUUUUAAAUAAUUCUUAAAAAUAAUUAUUGAUAUUUUCCAACACACUCACUCCACUCUCUUUACUCACUGUUUGUAAUUUUUAGUAUCAUCAUUAUUCGAUGUAAAAAACAAAAUCUACUUUUUUUUUUUGUUAAAUUAG